CUUGGCCAUUUUUCAGCAAGUCGUUAAGUUGAGCAGCAAAAGAUGAUGGUCGGAGAAAAGAAAAUAUAUGCACUCAUCGUGGAGGAUGACCGAGUCACUCAGAUGCGCCACCGUAUGCUCCUAAAACGAUUCAAAUGUGAAAGUCAUGUUGCGGGGAAUGGAAAGGAAGCAAUCGAUCUCUUUCGCUCGGGAGCUAGUUUUGAUGUUGUUCUCAUGGAUAUGGAGAUGCCUGUUAUGAAUGGACUCGAGGCAACGAAGGAACUACGAGCAAUGGGUUUUGAAGGCCAUAUUGUUGGUGUCACUUCUCGUGAUCUUGAUUUUGCAAAACAAGUUUUCAAUGAAGCGGGCGCAGAUUCUUGCUAUGAAAAGCCUCUAACUCCUGAAUAUGUUACCUCCAUUCUUCAAGAAAUAAACGAUAACUAGAGAGAUUGGGAGAGGGAGAGGGAGAGGGAGAAAGAACAGGGAGACAAUGAUUAAUCAAUUCAUGGUAUGUAUCGUGAAUUUUUUCA